CCUAUUCCAGCAACGUGAGUAAGUAAAGGAACAUCAUUCGAGGGUCAUUCACCUUAGUUUUAACACCUCUUACCGUGCCAAUAGCAAGACACGUACGCGGAGCAUGCGCUUCUCUCGUGACACUCGCGUCCUUUAUCAAAUACUUCGCCGCUAACCUCGCGGCUAUGUACAUUGUAUAAAACAUCACGCCUUCUUGCUUGGUCAUCUUGAUAUAAGUUAAAUCGGUCGGGUCGACCGGAGUGUCCAGGUACUGACUCAAACACCCUUUAUCUUAACAACAAUAUGGAGAACAAAUUGUUCAUACCUCGGUCCGAGAUGUUUGCUAUGUGAUGUUUUCUUGACGAAGUGGAAAAAGUUCGGAGUUACCGGUAUUCUGAUAACUUUGACUCGUAUAGCAGUCUGGGACUUUCUUAUUAUCACCGAAUUGGUGUUUGUGAAAACCUAUACUACAUCUAUAUACAAAUAAUAAAUAUAAUUAGUGUACAUCAUACGCAAGAUCUAUAACAAGUACGUACAGAUUAAAAGCGUAGGAAUAAAAUGACUGUAUUAGCCGUGCUAUCAGUAUAUUUUCAAUGCGGCGGCAUCCACUUAACGAUUUCGAGUCACUUGAAAUUUUUGACCAAACGAACCCUCAAUCCCGCAAAUGAAAUAACCCAAAAACCCCAAAAUAACCCAGACCAACGCAUCUAGAAUAUAAUAAAAUAAAAUAUGCACAGCAACAGGAGAAGAUCACCCCAGCGAGCCGCAAAAGCAUACACCCAUCCACCCAAAGGAACCACAGCGAAAAAGUCCAAGCCAUCCAAGCCAUCCAAGCCGACCCCUCGCGCCUCCAAAUCCACACCCGAGGCCGCGACACCAGAGGACCCUACUCCUACUUCGGUCCCCACAGCGGAAACCAAGUCGCAGCAGACCCUCCUCGACGUCUUCAGCGACACGUUCAACCCGGUUCUCAGCGCCCCCGACUUCAGCCCCGUCCUGCAGAAAGUCAAGCAGGCCCUAUUCAACCGGGACUUCGAGGCGGCCUUCGGCAGCGAGCAGUUUCUAGAAGUAUACGCUGCGCGAUGGAGUCCGCCGCGCGCGCUGUGCUACGGCAGGGUGUUGAGGCAGAUUGCUGGUGAGAUGGAGCCGCUGUUACUUGCUGCCAGCGGGGAGGAUGAGCUCGAUGAGAUUGAGUUUGGACGGGUUUCGCCGACGCUCGACCUAGAGGAGCUACAAGAUGCAAAGCGUAGCGCUACGUUAAGGAUGCUUGCGAUCGGCGGCGGCGCCGCUGAAAUCGUGGCUUUUGGCGAGUACCUCCGUAGCGCAGGGGCCACGGUCUCCGGCGACCUUACGUUGCUAGACACCGGCCCAUGGGGCGAAGUAGUCCAGAAGUUGCAUACCGGCCUGACGACUUCGCCGCCCUUACCCGAGUGCGCGAGCGCCACGGCCAAAGCAACCAGCGCGGCCCUCGUCGAGCCGACAGAACGUCUGCGGUCGACUUUCGUGCAGCAAGAUGUACUCCAGCUCGACAGCGCCAGGCUCUCGAGUCUACUAGGCCAGACGCCGCUACUCGUCACGUUGCUAUUUACGCUCAACGAGCUGUACACGUCCGGCGGGAUCAAGAUGACGACAGCUUUUCUGCGGAACCUAAGCGCUACUAUUCCAGCCGGUUCGCUGCUCCUUGUCGUCGACAGCCCAGGAAGCUACUCAGAAGCAGCGGUAGGCAAGGAGGCGAAGAAGUACCCCAUGCAGUGGCUCUUAGAUCACACUCUCCUCCAAGCCGACAAGCUGCCAGCCGAGGGAUGUCGGUGGGAGAAGAUACAAUCACACGACUCGGUCUGGUUCCGCCUCAGCGGAGGACUGCGGUAUCCUAUGGAUUUGCAAGAUAUGCGCUACCAGAUGCACCUGUAUCGGGCUAUCCCCCGGUCUUCUGACUGAGGAAGCCGACGUCUACCUGCAGAACUCUAGAUACAUGCUCCUAACCACCGAUUACCACUACUAGCCAAGGAAUGUCUACUAGUCUAUCAUGCCCAAACCAGCUUCUUUAUGCUGUGACCUAACUGCUCU